AUAUCCUUUACUGGGAGUCACUGUGCGCUGAUGCUCCGCCACAUGCUCGCAUCACUGUUGGCAACACAAGCCUCGCAUCAGCACAGCAAACUCAAACAACAUCUGACCGGCACGAUGGAUGGGCAACGUAAAGACCGCAGACAGAGUCACUUGUGGAUAUUGACGUUACUGAUAUGUGUCUAACCUCUAGCACUGGAUAACUCGGUCUUUUCCAACUUCUUCUUCUGGAUACGGUUGUGGAGCUGGAUCUUGUCCUACAGGCUUUGGAAGAAGGAUUAUAUUUAUUCUGAUCACUUUAUUUGUCAUCACUCCGUUUUCGCCAUCACCACUUGGAAUAGGAGCGUUUUUUGUUGGAGGACAAACUCAUUUUUUAAGGAUACGCACAUCAAACUCUAAAGAAUGGCCGUUGGGUUCACUUCUAUCCUCGCAAUAGUUGUAACAUUAUUUACUCAGGUUCUGGGAUCGGGUGUGUUCGAGAUAGAUCUCCAUCACUUUCAGAAUACUAAAGGUUUGCUGGCAAAUGGACUUAGUUGCAGCAUGACUGGCUGCAGGACUUAUUUCAGGGUUUGUUUAAAGAACUUCCAGACGGUUGUGUCUCCUGGAGACUGUAUAUUUGGUAGCGUUACCACACCUGUCCUGGGCACCGACUCCUUCAGCAUCCAGCAGGACGCCAGGCUGCGUCUGCCGCUCAACUUCACCUGGCCGGGUGCUUUCUCAUUAAUUAUUGAAGCCUGGUAUUCUCCUGCAGCGGACCGACCUGAAGAUACCAUCAACCCUGAAUUCUUGAUUAGUUCUUUUGCCAUCGGAAGACAGUUGGGAAUAGGGCAUGAGUGGUCCCAGGAUGUGCAGAGGGGGGCGCAGACGGAGCUAAGGUACUCAUACCGGUUCAUCUGCAAGGAACAUUACUACGGAGACACUUGUUCCAAAAUAUGCGCUCCGAGAGACGACCAUUUUGGCCACUACACCUGCAAGCCUGACGGGCAAUUAGCCUGUCUACCGGGAUGGACGGGAGAAUACUGCGAAGAACCAAUCUGUCUCGAGGGGUGCAACGAAAGAAAUGCAAACUGCACAUUACCUGGGGAGUGCGAAUGCAGAAAAGGCUGGCAGGGACUCUUUUGUGAUGUGUGUAAACUCCAUCCAUCCUGUAAACAUGGUACCUGUAUAGAGCCGUGGCAGUGCACCUGCAAGGAAGGCUGGGGAGGCAUCUUUUGUGACCAAGAUCUAAACUACUGCACCCAUCACAAACCUUGUGCCAACGGGGCCACGUGUAUGAACACAGGCCAGGGCAGCUACACCUGCACCUGCAUUCCAGGCUUCACCGGGGUUAACUGUGACUUGGAGGUCAGGGAGUGUGACAGCCAGCCCUGUCAUAACGAAGGCCACUGCCUGGACUCUGAGAAUGGCUAUAGGUGUGUGUGCCCACGGGGGUUUGAAGGGACACACUGUGAACACAGAAUGCUGACUUGCGCAGAUACACCCUGCUUUCAUGGUGGCAAAUGCAAAGAGAGGGAUAAUGGAAACACUUACAUAUGCGAGUGUCCAGUAGGCUACACUGGACUUAACUGUGAGAAGAAAGUGGAUAAAUGUACCUCACUGCAAUGCACCAAUGGUGGACAUUGUGUGAUCCAUGGUAACCUCCGGCUGUGCAGUUGUCGCUCAGGCUUCACAGGUCUGCGCUGUGAGAUCAACAUCAACGAGUGUGCCAGGAACCCCUGUGCAAAUGGCUCCACCUGCAUAGAUCGCAUCAACGACUACACCUGCACCUGCCCCACAGGGUACACAGGCCGCCACUGCGACAAGCUAACAGACCGCUGUGCCUCCCAACCCUGCAUGAACGGUGGGACCUGCACCACUGGCGACAAAGGCCAGCCCGCCUGCAUCUGCCCUGCCCGUUACAGCGGCCCACAAUGCCAGUCCGACGACGUGGCUUUACUCAACACCCCCAGCCCCAACAUAGGCCGGGAGUCCAGUGAGACGUUGAGCUUGGCAGCCAUCUGCUUGGGAGUAGGCCUGGUGGCUGUUCUAGUGUUUUUCUGCAUGGUAGUGGUAGUACUAUGUUACAUGAAAAAGCAUAGAAGCAAGGACCAGGACUCAGAGACCAUGAACAACCUCUCCAAGGUUGAUUUUCAGAAAGAGAACCUCAUCUCUACUCUAGAACUGAAGAACACCAAUAAAAAGGUGGAUUUGGAGGUGGACUGUCCCAGGGAAAAAUCUAAUCACAAACAUGUGAACCACUACCACCUGGACUAUAAAACCUCCAUGGGGUACAAUGAUGAACUGUCCUUUUUGGACAAAGAUGAAAACUGUGAAAAGACGAUAGAAGAAAAAAAGCAUUUGAGUAGCAUGUACAGUGAAAGGCCAGAGUGUAGACUAUCAACAAUAUGUUCUUCCAGAGAUUCAAUGUACCAGUCUGUCUUUGUAAUAGCAGAGGAAAAAAACGAAUGCAUCAUUGCAACUGAGGUAUAAUAAAUGGAAGAUACUAUUCACUGUCAACAUUGGAUUUCUUGUGGACUGUUUACAAGUGUGGAGAGACUGGGAUUUAUUUAAAUGGAAGUUGCUGCUCUUGAUACAUUUGAUAACUGGAUGGAGCCGGUGUGAUCUACAAUGUUCAUUAGAACUGAAGCUACUAAUCUUUAUGAGAAUGUAAAGACUGAACGACUUUUAAUAAUGAGCUAAUCUGAUUGUGGAUGAGCCUUCGAUGUUGUUGAAAACAAGCGCUCGUCUGCUCCGUUCAAGUUCAUCCAAGGACAAGAGGCCGAGAUUUGAUUAGAGGACUAUCUCGAUGCACUCCUCUCCACUUCAUUGCAGUAAUCAGCAAUCAACAAAUCAACUUACUGCCAACUAGCAUGUGGAAUGAGCCGGAACUUUCCUUUUUUGUGGCCUGCAAUGCGCUAUGCAAAGAAAAAUCAACAUUGUGCUUAAUCAGAAAGGGUCAUAAACUACUGAAAACGGUUCAUUUUUGAAAGAUAUUUAGGGUUAUAAGUUUUCUAAAUCCUUUUUAUUUAAAGAAUGUAUGCAGCCUAGAUCACAAAGCCUUAAAUAUGUGUUUAAAGCAUGUGCCCCGCCUUAUUCUGAGUCAUUUGCACAGCAAAAUGAACAUAAAAGAUCAAAAAAUGCAAUAUGCUAUAGCCCCAUGCAUAGAAACUCAUGAUAAGGCCUUGUUUAAACCUUAUGCAAGAUCACUCUUUAAUGAAGACAAAGAAAUACAUGAACUGACUAUCGCACCAAGGACGCCUUCAAAG